AUGGAUACUUUUAAUGAUGUUGAAACUAACAAUUCUACGAAGAGAUUAACUAAUCAAGAAAGGCAAAUGAUUUUUGAAGAUUUAUUACAGGAAAGUAAUGCCGGUAAAUUGAAAAGGGGAACGAUCAGGAACAUUGCAAGCCUAUUUAAUACAAGUGUUAGGACAGUCCAGAGAAUUUGGAAGCUAGCAGCAAUUACUUCUACAGAUGGAGGAGUUGAUGAUAAUGCAAAAUCACAUAUUAGUCCCACUGAUCCUGAAUUUAUUGAAGCUGCUUCAAGGGAUGGAUUUGAUAUUCACUUGUCAUUUCAGCCUCCUAACAGUCCAGACAUGAAUGUUCUUGACUUGGGAUAUUCUAGAGCUAUGCAAUCCUUGCAACAUCAAGAAGUACCCAUGUCAAUUGAUAAGCUAAUUCUUACUGUGGAAAAGUCAUUUGAUCAAUUAUCAAGUGAAAGUCUGAACAAUGCUUUCUUAACAUUGCAAUCAUGUAUGGUAGAGAUAUGGAAGGAAAGCAACAAAAGGGAAUUUGAGAGCCAGACCAACCAUCAACCAUGCAGAGUCAUUCAGAAAGCACAUAAAGAAUGGCUAGAACAUGAGGAAAUAGUUUCAAACAGAACCAGACUGAGCACAGCAGAAACAAUGCCAGAACAGGAUGAGCAAUAUCAGGAACACAAGGACCAGGAACUAACAACCCUAAGAAUGAUAACAAGAAGUCAACAAAGGCCAGCAUUACUUAGUAUUGGAGUUACAGUCAAGUGGCUGUCAUACGUAGGCACAGUUUUUUGGGCAAUGAAAGAGAGAAGCUCAGGAAACAAGAAGAUUGAUAAUGCUAUGGGAAGAGGGAGGGGGAAGGGCAGGGGGGAGGAGAAGGGGAAAGGGAGGAGAGGGGUGGCGGGAGGUGGCAUUGGAGGAGGUGCUGGUGGAGGAGCCGAUGGUGGUGCUGGAGUUGGAGGAGGUGCAAGUAGUGGUGGUGGUGCUGGUGGUGGCGUUGGAGGAGGUGCUGGUGGAGGAGUAGGUGGAGGUGCAGGAGGUGGGGCUGGUGGUGGAGUUGGGGGUGGAGCAGGCGGGAUAGUAGGAGGAGGGGCUGGUGGAGGCAUUGGUGGUGGUGCCGGAGGUGGAGCAGGUGGAGGCGUGGGAGGAGGGGCUGGAGGAGGCCUUGGCGGAGGUGCUGGAUGUGGGGCCGGUGGCUGA